UUGGUACAUAGAAUUUUUAUGCACCAGCUUGAGGGGAGUGUUAGAAUUAUUGUGAAUAUUCUAGACUAUAUGUAUGUAUAGUAGGUAGCGUAAUUUGCUUCUAUUGUAAUUAGGGAUUGAUUGAUUUCCUUAAGCCUCAAUAGCCCGUGGGAAUAAUCAAAGCCGAAAUCAUAUCUGAAGCCAAAAUGUUUGUGCUGCCACUUAUCCGAGUGAUAAAGCUCUUCCUUCUUUUGACCAAUCUGUAUCACUGAGAAUUUUCUGAACUUGUGUCUUCAGUAUCCGACUGAUAGCUUGUCUUACGUGUCCAGUCACUGUAUCCUAGGCAUAAGUUACUCUCCAAGUCAAACAGUUGGCUCUCGUUGGAGAAGCUGAAGAAGCACAGGGGAUAUCAUGCAAAUAGUAGAGGAUUUAAAGAGAUGCUGCACAUGUGAAGAAACAGAAACCCACUAUCGGAAAAGUAAACGAUCAAUGAAAUCUGAUGUUUAUAUAUUUGGCGUUCUACUGCUAAAGCUGAUAGCCAAGAAUGAGUUUAUCUGUCGAGGUCCUUAUCAGCUGGAUUGGAUUGUUAUAGAUGAGGCUAAACAUGGUGAAAGAUAUUUGGUUCAUGAGUGCUUCGAAGAAGUUGAUUAUUCAAAUGCAUUUGAGAUCACACUUCUGGCAUUCCUCUGCUUGAAUCUCGAUCAUCCAGACAAGAGGCCAACUAUGAAGGACGUUGUAUAUGCUUUGAAAUUGAUGCAAGAGAGGAUGAAGAAACGAAAAAGAGAUGAAAUGAGGCAGAACAGAAUAAGCACUAGCCUCUUAGCUGCUUUCACUUGUAUGAACUGAACUCUAAGGUACUUGUAGAGAAGAAUGUAUUUGACUGAAUAUACCACCCUAUGAAGAUGUUC